AUGAGAAUUUAUACUCAUUUGCUGUUUGUUCUCAGUGAAUUGAAGACUUUAAGAGCGAAAAAUACUCUUUUAGUAUCGCUUGCCAUAUAUGGAAUAGAAAAACAAAAAGCUUACACACGUCAAGUCUCGAUCAAAAAAGUAGGCAAGUACAGCGGUGGCAUGUAUACCGACAUGUAUGGCACGUAUUCGCAUAUGCUUGAUAAGGCGAACGCAUGCAAGUAUGACAAAUUUACUAUAAUUUCACAAAUCAACUAA